UGGUAAGCGAGGUGGGUCGCAGGCCCCCUACCCGAGCGGCAAACAAAGCGCCGCUUUAACAGUUCAAGAACAGUUCUUCGGAAGUUCACGUUCAAGGCGAGCGGAUUCUUCACUGUGAUCGUUCACCUGGCCGAGAUCGCGUCUCAGUGCGGCCGAUGUGCUAAACCAGUGCGUGAUUUUCAGUUGAAAAAUGGGCGCUUUGAACCAGCGGCUUUUGCCACUAUGGAUCCUGCUAGUGGGCCUCUUGACCAAACAGGGCUGGGGUAAGUUGGAAGCCAACCACUGCAAGGGGGGCGGCCAGUUGAAGUACCUAUGGGGCGACGCCCUCACGGAUGAUCCGGGGUGCGUGGGCCCCUCCAACCACCCUUACCCCAUUCAGGCGGUGGAAAGGUCGCUAAAAGGGGGCCGCACUGGAAGGGCCCACAACCCCACCAUCGACCCCUACCAGACGCGAUCCGCCCUCAUGGCGGCGUUUGAGGGCAACCACGCGGAGAGCCAUUUGCUCCCCAGCUCCAGGCGUGGCAGGGCGGCUUCCGUGGGCUCCUGCGGGGGGUUGCCGCCCCGACUCUGUAAAACCCGCUACAACACCACAGCUCCCAUGUACGGGGUGUCGCUCACCUCCGGCCAGCCAGUCACAAUAGUGCAGAAGUUCCCCGACUUACUGCAGCAGGUGGUUUUCGAGGUUUGCGAGAGCUCGGAAUGCGAGCUGGUACGGGGCGAGUGCACUCAGACCUACGUGCCCUAUUUAUUUUUGGUGAUCCCGCUGGGGCCCGUUACCCUAACGGGGCAGGACUACGUCUUAGUGGAGAGCGGCUGCGUGUGCAGGCCCAAGUACCCCGCCGGCCUACCCAAGCCCUAGAGGCUCCAAUGGGACUCAGUCGAUCAAUGUGUCAAAUUUCAGAGCGAAUGUGUGACUGGAUGUGUGAAUGGAAAAAGUAAUUUUGUAGA